AUGAUAAUGAACUCUGGCAUUAUCACUUCUGCAAAGGGCGUUUUAUCGUGCUCUAAAAAUGAUGUUUCGUUGGUCGCACAGCCGUUAGCGCACGCUGGAGGGCAAAACUUUGCCUUUCUUGCGGUGGCGUUCAACGGUCCGGACCUGUUAGUCACUGAUUACCCGGGAACUACUGGGCUGCUAGAGAUGCUGCAAAAGUACAAACUGACUCACAUUUUUGCGGUGCCAGCGGUUGUAAAUGCGAUGGCAAAAGUCCACGAUCUGGAAACUUACGACUUGUCGUCUUUGAAGUGUUUGAUGAUAGGCGGGUCGACACCAAACUUCGAAAUGAUCCAGCAGAUUAUGAAAAGAUCUAACGUGACGUCAUUUACGGCCAAGAAUGUUUUCGGAAUUUCGGAAUGUGCUAAUGCUAUUUUUAUUUCUAAUGAUUUCUUGGAAAGCUCUGCAGAUUCUGUGGGCGUUUCACUUCCAAGUAUUUCGUUCAAGAUUGUUGACCUUGAAAACAGAUCAAAAGUAAUAACAGAACCAAAUAUUGAGGGCGAAUUGCUUCUUAAGCAGUUCUAUCCACACUUGUUGUAUUUCAAUGACCCAAAGAAAACGGCCGAUUCUUUAACUGAAGAUGGAUUUUACACAACAGGUGAUUUUGCACGACUCGACGAGACUUUCAAUCUGUAUAUAUGCGGCCGAAUCAAAGAUGUCGUGAAAUACAGAGGCUUCUCGGUUUCGCCAGCCGAAAUCGAAGAAGUAUUGAUGGAAAAUGAUUUAAUUGAUGAUUGCUCAGUGGUUGCAAAACCAGAUGAAAAAUGUUUCGAAAUUCCGGUUGCUUUUGUGGUUCUUUCAGAUAAAGGCAAAGCAAAAACAGAAGAAGAGACUUCGAAAGAGUUGAUUGAAUUUGUUGCAAAGUCAGUUGCAGAGCAUAAACAACUGCGAGGCGUUUAUGUCAUUGACAAGAUUCCGAGAAAUGGAAAUGGUAAAAUAUUGAAAAGAGAACUGAGGGGUGCAUUACUGAAAUAA